AUGUCUAUCCCAGUUGUCAACACCCCGCCUGACUCCCGCACUAACUACAUCCUCCCGCAACUCGCGGGUGAGAGGAUCACCUUCCCAGGCUGGAAGGGCGUCUUUCGUAUUCUCGCCUCUUCCAAGCAGACAAACGGUGGCCUUGCUGUCUUGGCUGGCGGCUCAGUUCUGUCUGACCCGCCAGGCUUCCAUUGGCACGAGGAAGCCCAUGAUGUGUUUUUGGUCAUCAAGGGCUUUCUGAAGGUAUGGGCCGGGGAUCAAUGCCGCAUUCUAGGCCCAGGGGAUUUUGCCUACGUACCGCCGAAAGUUAUCCACAAUCCCCAGUGGCUUGGCCCUCAUUGCGAGUCGUUCAAUCUUGUGGCACCGGGCGACUGGGUCGACUUCUUUCGCUUCUCAGGCCUUGAAUUUGAUGGCCUGGUCCUCCCUGAAAACUCGCAGAGGGACGAAGAGAAAUUGAUGGCUAUGAUGGUGGCUGCUAAGGAUAAAUUCGAUGUCCACUAUGCUCACGAUUUCAAACCGGCGGAACUCAGCGACUGGCUUGAGACGGAGAACAAGUUAGGUGAGCCUCUUCAGCCAUACUUUCUCCGGUCAAACACAGGACCGCGAUGGAUGGCUGGCGGCGUCUUGUCGCGUCCAUUCAUCCUCGCGAGUCAGAAUGGAGAGAGAUUCGCCAUUUCGAGUAUCGAAUCGUCAAGCGCCUACAAGGCGUCAAUCUUCAAAUCAUACAUCAAGUUCGCGACCGUAGAUCACUGCCUCUUCGUCGUCGAGGGCAAGCUGAAAGUCGAGCUAGAGGGUUCAUCUGGUCAGAAUGUGCUUCACGACGGGGAGACGGUAGUGAUCUCGGCCGAUCAGGGCUUCAAAUUGGGCUUUGCAUCGCCCUUCGUCAAGAUCUUUUCAGUUGCAAAUGGGCGGGGUAUCGAGACCUUGAUUCAAGAUGCCGGUAAACCGUUUGAUGGAUUGGUUCUGCCGGACGCGGUCGAGGUCUUGGACUCUCAGAAACUUGCUCGCGUCGCCAAGGAGAUUAAUGCUACCAUAGAUUAG